AGUGCGCGGCGGGGGCGUGCCGGGGCCGUCCGGGGGCGGGGCGGCGCGCGGCCUAACGGCGGCGGCGGCGCUGGUGCGGGCGAGUUCGGCGGGUGCAGGUUCCGGCCUGCGCCUGCGGAGGACUCGGGCGGUGGGUCGAAGUGGGUGGCGCUCGCGGCAGGCUGCGUUCCGCGAUGGUGGGUGUCCCCGGAGCAGCCGCUUUCCAGCAUUUAUUUAUCUGGAUGUACAUCUGCACAGUAGAAGAGAGCCUUGGAUCUCAUGGACUGUUGUGAUCUGUCAUGUCAUUGCUGGGAAUUGAACUCAGGAAUUUUGGAAGAGCAACCAGUAAGCUCUGGUCCACCUCCGCUUUUCUAGAAAAACCCAAGGCCAGAAAGAAUGUCUCCUCUGCCAGGCGGCUAGAAGGAUUGCACAGAAAUUUUAAGAAGUUGGUUGUGAGAAAAGGGUGCCAGCAAUGCCUGGAUCGCCUGUGGAAGUGAAGAUACAGUCAAGAUCCUCACCUCCCAUCAUGCCACCCCUCCCACCAAUAAAUCCUGGAGGACCGAGGCCAGUGUCCUUUACUCCUACAGCAUUAAGCAAUGGCAUCAACCAUUCCCCUCCUACCCUGAAUGGUGCUCCAUCACCACCACAGAGAUUUAGCAAUGGCCCUGCCUCUUCCACAUCAUCUACCCUAACAAAUCAACAGUUGCCAGCUACUUGUGGUGCUCGGCAGCUUAGCAAGUUGAAACGUUUUCUUACGACUCUGCAACAGUUUGGCAAUGACAUCUCACCUGAGAUUGGCGAGAAGGUUCGGACUCUUGUUCUAGCAUUGGUGAACUCAACAGUGACAAUUGAAGAAUUCCAUUGCAAGCUCCAAGAGGCUACAAACUUUCCUCUUCGCCCAUUUGUGAUUCCAUUUCUCAAGGCCAACCUGCCCCUGCUGCAGCGAGAACUGCUGCACUGUGCCCGGGCUGCCAAGCAGACCCCAUCCCAGUACUUGGCCCAGCACGAGCACCUUCUGCUCAACACCAGUAUCGCAUCUCCUGCUGACUCUUCUGAACUGCUUAUGGAGGUUCAUGGAAAUGGAAAGAGGCCCAGUCCGGAAAGGAGGGAAGAGAAUAGUUUUGAAAGAGAUACAGUUCCUCCUGAACCACCUGCCAAGAGAGUGUGUACUAUCAGCCCUGCUCCCCGGCACAGCCCUGCCCUCACUGUGCCCCUCAUGAAUCCCGGGGGCCAGUUCCAUCCUACUCCACCACCUCUUCAGCACUAUACUUUAGAAGACAUUGCAACUUCUCACCUGUAUCGGGAACCCAACAAGAUGCUAGAACACCGAGAAGUUCGUGAGAGGCACCACAAUCUUAGUCUGAAUGGAGGCUACCAAGAUGAGCUGGUGGACCACCGUCUGACAGAGAGGGAAUGGGCUGACGAGUGGAAACAUCUUGACCAUGCCCUGAAUUGCAUUAUGGAAAUGGUAGAGAAGACAAGGCGCUCUAUGGCAGUUCUGAGGCGUUGUCAGGAAUCUGAUCGUGAAGAACUCAACUAUUGGAAAAGGCGAUUUAAUGAGAACACAGAGAUGAGGAAAACUGGGACUGACCUGGUCUCCAGACAGCACAGCCCCGGGAGCACAGAUUCUCUCAGCAGCGAUUCUCAGCGGGAAUUCACCAGUAGGCCAGGAACAGGAUAUGUGCCUGUGGAGUUUUGGAAGAAAACAGAAGAAGCUGUGAAUAAGGUGAAAAUUCAGGCCAUGACAGAAGUACAAAAGGCUGUAGCUGAGGCGGAGCAAAAAGCCUUUGAAGUGAUUGCAACUGAGAGAGCUCGAAUGGAGCAAACCAUAGCGGAUGUCAAAAGGCAGGCUGCAGAAGAUGCUUUCCUGGUCAUCAAUGAGCAAGAAGAGUCCACAGAGAACUGCUGGAACUGUGGCCGAAAAGCCAGUGAGACGUGCAGUGGUUGCAAUAUUGCUCGCUACUGUGGUUCCUUCUGCCAACAUAAGGACUGGGAGCGGCACCACCGCCUCUGUGGCCAGAGUCUGCAUGGCCACAGUCCUCACAGCCAGAGCCGGCCACUGCUCCCUGGAGGGCGGGGUUCAGCCAGGUCUGCUGACUGCAGUGUGCCCAGCCCAGCCCUGGACAAGACCUCAGCCACCACCUCACGUUCCUCAACACCUGCCUCUGUGACAGCCAUCGAUGCCAAUGGACUCUGAGCCACAGACUCCACCCACCCUGAUGACCACUCCACGUGGCCGAAUGCUUGCACCAGGGAGCUGGCAAUUAGAGCAAGUGGCUGUUGAGUCAUCAGCAAGAAGCGAAUUGGCAGAAAGCAUCCAAGAGGCACUCCAUAGUUUCUCUAGGAUUGCCACUUGUCCCUUGGAGAACUAGUGUGUCAUUCUCUCCACAUAGGAAGUAGCUUGAGCUGCAUCCUCCAUGGCUUUCCUGAUGUUUCUCUUCCAGCCAAAACUGGUAUAUCUGGCCGCUUCUCAGUGUAGACCACCAGCUCCCCUGACUCCUCGCAUCAGCAGAUGUCAGUAGUGUCCCACCAGGUACCUGUGCCACAAACCAUCCAUAGGAGAGGUCUAAAGGCUGGUAGCAGGCUACUGAAGGAGACCUUUCCUCCCCCUGCCACCAGUUUCUUGAACCUCAUCUCCAUCCUCAAAAGACAGUGAAGGGUCUAACAGACCACAAAGCAGUCCUCAGGACUUCUGAGCCACUCAGGCCUGCUAAGACACCCAGACAUGCCAGAAAGAAGCUACCACUUCAGUAAAGUCUCUAGAAAUGGUUAAAAAAAAAAAAAAAAUGAAAGCAGUCUUCCCCAAGCAUCACAGAUCAUUCUGGACAACAUUUUCCAGCUUGCCCAGCUCCAUUAGUUUGGAACACCCCUCCCCCAACUCCAGUGUUUUACUUGAUUUUGCUUGUGCAAAAAAUAACAUCCAUCGCAUGGAUUGGUCUGAGAGAGGAUGAAACCAUUGUGCUAGUCUUUUCUCUUAGCAUGUUGGCCAAACUAAAAUAUUGAGUGCAUCACCUCUUGAAAAUGCAAAACCCUCUGCUGCUGCUUGACUGUUUAAACAGUCGUCUUGUUCUGUGUGUCCUUUUCUCUCUCAGACUGUGCAUGUCUGAAUCACUGGGGGUGUCUCUUGCCCAUAGGUUUUGUUUGGCACCUGUCAGGCUACAGUUUGAGCAGUGUUCCUGACUCUGAUGGGACCUGGUUUUGUGGCAUUAUGCCACUUCAUGGGUUCAUUAUCAGCUGGACGUCCUUAGCCUCUUUUCUGUGUUUUAUCUGUGAUAGCAUUCCUCACAGCUCGGAGUUUGUGAAGUGUGGGAACAGUUCUGAAAAGCCUGAGCGGUUUUUCUUCCCGACUUCAGGGACUUUUCCAGUUAUCUGAGUCUCCAAAUAGAAUACCACCUGUACCGUUUGUCAGGCUGAGUUCUGCCCCACACCUGUUCUACUGCUGUGUGAGGUCAGUGAGGAGUCCCAGGGCCUUGCCCCUACCACUUAGUAUCUCCCAGCAUCCUCUUGCUUUAUGUAGUCAAUUGGAAUGAGUCACUGACUUUGAUCCUCUUGGCCUUUGGAAGCUGUGGUCACCUUCUAUACAAUGACCAAGUCUGAAUACUAGCCCUUGCGCCAUAAAAGCAUGGAUGUCAUUUUCCUUGCAUAUAGUCACAGCUAAUUUUAAGAUUUUUGACGCCCUACCUUAUUUGAACAAGGAUUUUCAGUCUUAGAAACUUAGACAAUUAAAAUCAUGUGUCAGCAUAGAACACCCAAGACUCACUGCUUGUCAGACAGCCAAGUGCAGCCUGGCCUCCCUGCCGACAUCCCCAUCAGACUGCUGUUGUAGUAUCCUAGCCACUGAGGACAGCUCUACUUUACUAGGUAGAGUCAGUACAGACAGUACCUACCCCAUAACCUCAGACACAAGACUUCUGUGCUACAAGAAGACCACAGGUUUCUGGGAGUCUGAGAAUGUCUCCUGGUGUACCCUGGAUCCAUUUUUCAUUAGUCUAUUGGAUUAACACCUACCUGUUAAAAUCUUGCAGAUAUUCAAGGUAGUUAGAAUAAAGAGCUGGAAUCAGCACACUGCUUCUUACCAGGUUGGAGAUAAGUUUCUACAGCAAAAGUCUGGCCUAAAGGUCUACUUUGUGGGCUACAUGGUUGCCCUGUCAGAUUCUGAGUCCAUAUUCCUGUUUGGGGCCUGCUUAGUUUCUAUGCCCUGCAGAUUUGUCUAUAAACCUGGACAGUACUUCACACUGAGAACUGUAUAGCUCAGUUCUCAGACCUGUUGCUGUCUGACUCUUAAGCGGCAUCUGCAUACGGCUUGCUUUUCAGAUUCAAGGAGUUCCUUUCUGCAUUCUCCAACUCCUCCCUAGGAGGAGCAGCAGCAUCUGGGUAGGAGCUGGAAUUAGAUGAGUGAGUCCCAGCUCCCCUUCAUUUCUAGUCUGCUAAUAUGACCUAUUGCUAGGCUGGACGUGAACAUAACCUUCCAUUCAUUCCCACCUUUCUAUCUUAAUAGAAAAGAAGAAACAACUGAGCCAGGCUGCUCAGAGGCUUGGCCUCCGUAGUAACUAUUUGGGGAACAAAAAAGAUCAGGGCUUUAUCAUCCUCUACCAAGUGAGAGAUAAAAUUGGAAGAACCAGACAAGACCAAAGGUAGCCAAACUGGAGUUAUACAACAACCAUCCCUCCAGCAAACGGUGAAGAUUUGGUAGGUAGGACGCUGUGGAAGCUAGGUUGAGGUGUGACUUACUUAGUGGUGUGGCUAGCAUACAGAAGUCCUGGAUUUGAUUUCCAGAAUGACAUAAUCCAGCCAUGGUGGUAAAUAUCUAUAAUCUGAGCACUUGGGAGGUGGAAGCAGGAGGAUCAGAAAUUUAAGAUCAUCCUCAGCUACGUAGCAAUUCUGAAGUCCACCUCAGUUCCAUAAGACCUAUCUUGACAAAAAGACACAUCUAAGGGCCCUGCAGCUCCAUCAGAUUGACUCAUGCUGACAAGUGGUGGUGAGAGCACAGGCCAAGGCACUAAGUCACAUGCUGCCGUGGAUCUGUAUGGAAACACCUGCCCAAUCUGCCCCCCUCAAGUCUACUCAGGGCGUUAGCUGUUAUCUUCUGCAGUGUGGUCCCCAGGAAGUGCUUCACGUCUUGAUGUCAACUCCAACAUCUUCCAGAGGGGAUAUCUGCAUUUUAGUUUGUGUUAGUCCUAGCCCUAAAAGAUGAAGUGACCCAUACCUACUCAUAGAGGGUGAAGACAUUUUUCUGAGUGGUUCUGGAAGCUGUCUCAGCAAGUAUGUGUGGACUCAACAGAACUGCAAGUGUAUGUAGUGGGUUCUCUCCGGAGCAUAAAGAAUGAGCAGAUGGCCAUCAUCCUGGAAACUGCAGACGGGAUUGUGGGCUGAAUAAACCAUUACAAAUAGGACACAUCUUGGAGGCUUUCUUCAGAACUGGACUAGAACCAAGGUUUCCAGGCUCCUGGCUCAGGAGACCAAGCCAGUAUGCCUUGAUGAAUGUUUGCAGAGAACUGGGUGGUGACGUGUUUGAACCAAAUGUGAGAAAAGCCAGAAGGAGCUGAGCUGGCCAGUGUGGGCCAGGUGGCCAGCUGUGGAAGAUUGUUGACCCAGCAGCUGCUUGGCAGGACCUGCCCACUCGAGUAUAUUCCUUGUAAAGCCAAAAUGCCGAAUUACCUGCUUCUGCCUCAUGUGUUGACACCCAUUUCCAAAGAUGAUGGAGUACGUGUGAGCCAGGAGGAAGCUGAGGUGGUGGGUGAUGUUUUGUCCCUCCCAUCUCCUUCCAUAGCCCAAGAGGUGCUGCUUCCCACUCAGACCCCAUCUUGUCAGGCCUCCAGCUGCCCAGUGUAAACUGUCAAUGCUUAUACCAAAUAGGGCAUGUGCAGCUGGUGUCUUGUCAGGGACAGCCCAGUCCCUGCUUUGCCAGGGAGAAGCUGCAACACUUGUUCAGUGAAUGGCUUAAAGGGCUGCUUGAUAGAAGACCUUCAUCCCACUCCUGUGGCAUUCCAAGUUCCCGAUGAGGCUACAAAGGCUCCAUCCCUACAGAAAACUAAUAAUGUAAAUAAAGAGCCAAGCUUGUAAGCAUGGUUUGCAGAGGUAGGUGAUGAAUGUGAAGCCACCCGCAGGACACGUUUGAGUCUGGUUUUCCUGUGCUUUGUCAUUUGACUCAAUAGGAACUUUUGUUACUUAACUCUGUUCAUAACUUAUUUAAUGUACUGUAUAAAUGAACCAAAACUGUUAAAUACGUAUUUAGUUUGUUCUACUUAAAGUAGUUAAUAAAAAUGCUAUAUUCCUUU